AUGCACAUUAAAAAUAUCCUCAUCUCGGGUUUCCGUUCCUAUCGAGAGCAAUCGUUUCAAACAGAACUUUCUCCCAAAAACAAUGUUAUUGUGGGAAAAAAUGGUUCGGGUAAGUCAAAUUUCUUUGCUGCUGUUCAGUUCGUUUUAAGUGAAAAGUAUAGCGUAUUAACUGCGGCAGAACGAAAAGAGUUAUUUCAUGUUGGUUCUGGAAGACCUGCUUUGUCUAUUUUUGUUGAAAUUAUCUUUGAUAAUUCUGAUGGACGUCUUAUUAUUCCUGGACGAACUGAAGAGAAAGAAGUUCGAAUACGACGUACAGUUGGACUCAAACAAGAUGAGUUUCGUGUAAAUGAUCGUAGGUUCACUGCUACGGAAGUCAAGCAACUAUUGGAAAGCGCUGGCUUUUCUGCUAGCAAUCCAUAUUAUAUUGUGGAGCAAGGUAAAAUUGUUGCCUUGGCAAAUAUGACAGAUGAAGAAAGAUGUAAUCUUAUUAAAGAGGUUGCAGGUACAGGAGUUUACGAAGCCAGACGAAAGGAAAGUGAAGAAAUUCUUGAAGAAACUUCACUAAAGUACAAAAAGAUUGAAGAGUCUAUUGCAGAAUUACAAGAACGACUUUCUGAAUUAGAGACUGAAAGUGCAGAAUUAAAAUCUUUUCAGGAAGUUGAGAAAGAAAGGAAGUGUAUAGAAUACUGUAUUUUUGCGUUAGAAUUAUCAAAUGCGAAAGAGUGUUUAAUAAAACUUGAUGAGAAACGAAAUGAAUUUCUUUCUACUUUAAAUAAAAAUAGAGAUGAUGAUAUCAAUAUAAAGAAUGCUAUCGAGUCAUCAGAAGCUCAUAUACGUAAUUGUGCAAUACGUAUUGCACAAUUGGAAGAAGAGAUGCGAUUACUUGAGAAUGAAGCAGCUUCAUUAAAUGGUAAAAAAGCUAUUGCUCAAUUGGAUGCUGCUGAUGCUACAAAUGCUAUAAGUCGAAAUGAAAAGGAAAGAGUUGCUCUUCAAAAAGAAGAGAAACAACUAGAAAAAAACAUUUUAAAAGUAAAAAGUGACUUGGAUAUAAAACAAGGUAAAUUGGCCUCUCAACAGAAAACUAUGGAGAAAAAGAGUGAAGAAUUGGCUGUCUUAGAGGCUAAACUUGAAAGCCUUCUGGCUAAACGUGGACGACGUAAACUUUUUAAAAAUAAAGGGGAACGUGACAAAUGGCUUACAAGUGAAAUUGAACGUAACAGAAAUAUCAUAGAUGCCCAUAAAAAAGAGGUUCUACGUCUAAAGAACAACAUAGAUGAUGUGGGUAAACAAAUUCGUGAAGAAGAGAGACAACAAAAGGAAAGAGAGGAAAUAACAAAGAAAGUGGAAUCCAAAAUGGCAGAUCAUGAAACUCAAAGAGUGAAAGCAAUAAAGUUACGAAAUACUCUUAAUAUUGAACGAAGAAAUCUUUGGCAAAAAGUAAAUGAACAAGAAAGUGUUCUUCAGAGGAUUCAAGAUGAAUAUAAUCGUUCAAAACAUCAACUUGAACGUGCUGUAAGACAUGAUAUUCGUCAGGGAUUACAAUCUGUAAAAGAAGUUUUAAAUGAAAUUGGUGAUGAAAGGCUUCGUAAAGCUGUUCAUGGUCAAUUAAUUGAACUUAUUGAUGUUUCUAAAGGAUAUGAAGUUGCUGCAGAAGUAACUGCUGGUAAUGCUUUGUUUAAUAUCGUUGUUGAUUCUUUUGAAGUAAGUGCUAUACUUCUUGAACAAAUUAAUAUUCGAAAAAAACCAGGACGUAUAUCUUUUUUCCCUUUGGAUACAUGUAAAAGUGUACCAAUGCGAUUUGAUUCAAAAGAUGGAUGUACUUCUCUUAUGGAUCAUAUUUCAUGUGAUGAAAAGUUUAAAGGAAUAGUUGCAGAAGUUUUUGGAAGGACCGCUGUUGUUUCUUCUAUUGAGGAUGGAGCUAAAGCUGUAAAACAGUACAACUGUGAUACUGUUACACUUGAAGGUGAUCAAAUUGGUCGUAAAGGAGGUAUAACUGGUGGUUAUUUGGAAACCCGAAAUAUGAAAUUGUCUGCUUUCAAGAAUGAAAAGAUACUUUCUUCAAAGCAUAUAAAGGAAAAGGAUAUACUUGAAAAACUUUGUCAAGAAGUUGCUGUUAUUGAACAAAAGAUUACUGAUGUUAUAAAUGAAAUUGAGUCUUUAAAGGGAGAGUUUUCUGUAGCAGAAAAUGAAGCUGAUGCUGACCUUCGAGAUGUUCGUCUACAUAACGAAAGGAAAGCAAGACUUGAAAAACAAAAAGAUCAACUAAUUAGUGCACAGAAAGGGUUAGAAAAGAAUAUAUUGGAUGCUGAAAAUGCUUUAUCAGUUCUACAACAGGAUAUUAAAGAUGAAUUUGUAUCUAGAUGGGGAGAAGAAGAAGAAGCUCAACUAGAGUUACUUAUGAAUGAUGUUGAUAAGGGUCGCCAAGAUGUUUCAUCAUUACAGUUACAGAGUGUUCAGUUGGCUACAGAAGUUGGUUUAUUAGAUGAUACUCUUCAAAACCUAACUCGUCGAAUGAAUAUUGUACAUGAUCGUCUUCGUGAACUUGGUUGGGUUAAAACUAAUAAUCAGACAUUAGCAAAAGAACAAGUAAAUGUUGAUGAAGAAUGUUCUCUUGUUUUUAAAAGAUUGGAUGCUGUGAAACAGCUUAUAGAUGAAGUGACAAAAGAUAAAGCUGAUACAGAAGUAAAACUUGAAAACUUAAAAAGUAAACGACUUAAAACUUCUAGAUCUGUUCAGGAACGACGAGAUGAUGAUGAAAGAUCUCAAAUUCAACGAACCCUUCUUGUACAACGACGUGAUGAUGCCCUUGAAAAAAUAAGAAAAUUAGGUGUCAUUCCUAAAGAUGCAGAACGUUAUAGUGGACAGUCCUUGGGUAUGUUAAUGCAUCGUCUCAAAGAAAAUAAUGAAAAGAUAAAAAAAUAUGCACACGUAAACCGAAAAGCCGUUGAUCAAUAUUCUUCUUUACUGGAGACUAAGAAUGAUUUGGUUGCACAAGGAGAAAUCUUACAGAAUGAACUUAAAAGUAUUCAUGAAUUAAUGGAUCACCUUGAUAAAAAGAAAGAUGAAGCUGUUGAACGUACGUAUAAACAAAUUCAAUACCAAUUUGAAGAAGUAUUUAAGGAACUUGUUGCAACAGAAGAUUCUCAUGGAGAAUUACAACUUGUUCGAUCAUCUCUUAAGAAAGAAGCAGGUGAAGAUCCUUAUAUUGCUGCCCGUAUUCGAGUCUCUUUUGGACUUGGAACAGCUAUAACAGAUUUGGCUCAAUUAAGUGGAGGACAAAAGUCACUCGUUGCAUUGGCACUGAUAUUUGCUAUUCAACGUUGUGAUCCUGCACCAUUUUAUCUAUUUGAUGAAAUUGAUGCUGCGUUGGAUGCAGAAUAUCGAUCAUCUGUAGCAAAACUUCUCCGCAAAGAAUCUGAAAACUCUCAAUUCAUUACUGCAACUUUUAAAACUGAGAUGCUAGAGGCUGCUGAUCAGGUUCUUGGUGUAUUUUUUCAUAACAAGGUAAGCAGGAUUCAAGUUAUCUCUCUUGAAGAGGGUGUAAAGCUGUUGAAGCAAGCAGCCCUUGAAGAAAGAAAACGAGCACGUGAAUCAGAGGAGUAA